CCACACCCAUGGGAGGAGGUAUAAAGGAUGAGGCCAGCACCCAUCACCACAGUCCCAACCUACCCUCAUUAUGAAGUCCUACAGCCUUGCCAUCCUCCUGGUGAUAUUUGCCUCUGGAUUCCUGAUGUCCUGGGCUGUGGAAGGUGCCAGCAAAGAAAAAGCUAAACGUGGAGACUGCCCCUUCAGACGUCCUGCAAUGUGUCUUGUAUAUGAACCCCCUCAAUGCGAGAGUGACUGGCAGUGUCCAAAGAAGCAAAAAUGUUGCCCCGACUAUUGUGGCAUCAAAUGUUUGGAUCCUGUAGGCACAUCAGAGCCAGAUUUAUUCUUACCAGUUCAGUGAGAGCAGGACUUCCUGGUCUGUGUGAUCUAGGAUUCCAUUUUCCCCUAAGCUUGGAAAAAAAUGUGAACAGCUGAAUGAAGAUGUGGCUUUGUGACCAAUACCUCCUUGGGGGCCAAGUUUUGUCCUGUUUGAUCUCUGUACUCCCAGCAUCCACCGUGAGGCUUGGCACACAACAGGAAAUGUCUGUUGAUUAGUGAAUAAAUAAAUGUACAAGAGUU